AUGGGUACUCGAUUGAUCCAUUGUUUGGACAAACUGUGGGACGAGGCCGCUGAGCUUUUGUGGACAAAUGUUUUUACCGAACUGAUGACCUUGUUUCGGUCGGAUCAAAUCCCCGGGGAGACUGUUACAAACAGUUCUGCAGCAACAACAAUAUCACUUGCGACAACAGGAACAACAACAACAACGGCCAGCACAACCGCAUCUGUAUUUCUGAUCACUCAGGCGGAACGUGUUGCCUGCUCAAAUCCUGCAUUGAAUGUAGACAAUCCUUUGCAAGCAUUGUCCGUGAUCUACGACGCGUUCAGCUACCGCUAUCACGCUUGCCUUUGCCAGGCUUUGACUACCCUGCUGACUGCUUUAUCUGUGGCCGUGCCGUCUUGGAAUCGAACGCGUUGGGAACAAAUGACCGUCUGUGGAUUGCUAGCUCAAUUCGAGGGCCUCAUCAGUUGCUUUGGCAACGAGAUGGGCAUGAUCGAAGAUUGGGCUUGGGCAGUUGAUCGUUUGAGCAAUAUCCGGAUAAUUCUACGACCCUCCACCGAAUCCUCUAAAGAUUCCGUGGGCAGGGCCGAUCGCGGUUUUUGUCCCAAAGCGAGGCUUGCAGGUUUAAAUGAAUGCGAGCUCACAGUACCUUGGUCUGCAUGGACAGGUGCACCAAGUGAAAUUCAAGCCCGUGGGCGUGUGAAGCUUCGUGUACAUCCGGUCGCUUUUCUUGUUGGAAUUAACGAGCAGCAGUCAAUCGCUGAAAAGUGA